UUCAAUAGUCUGACGUUUCAAUUUCAUAGAUUCACGGAAUAGGGAAGGCGUUGUAGAAGAAAGCUCAUCUUCCGAUACUUUUGAUGACGGCCGCUAAUUGAUUUAUUGGAGCCCAUUUACCAACUUCUCAGUGUCUAGAGUAGUGUAAAUACUCUGGAGGUGGUUUCUUGUUGGAAAGUGUAAAGAAAAGGCUUAAAACUGGUGUUCGACAAGUCACUUGGCAAUAUGCCUGCCGUGAGGGGAGAUGGAAUGCGAGGACUCGCAGUCUUCAUAUCAGACAUACGAAACUGUAAAAGUAAAGAAGCGGAGAUAAAAAGAAUUAAUAAGGAGUUAGCCAACAUAAGAAGUAAGUUCAAAGGUGAUAAAACACUGGAUGGUUAUCAGAAGAAAAAGUAUGUCUGUAAACUUCUUUUUAUCUUCUUGCUGGGUCACGACAUCGACUUUGGUCAUAUGGAGGCAGUCAACCUCCUGUCCUCUAACAAGUACUCUGAGAAACAGAUAGGAUAUCUGUUCAUUUCUGUGCUGGUGAACACCAACAGUGACUUGAUCAAGCUGAUCAUUCAGAGCAUCAAGAACGACUUGCAGUCACGCAACCCUAUCCACGUCAACCUUGCACUGCAAUGUAUUGCCAAUAUUGGUAGUAAGGACAUGGCUGAAGCCUUUGGCACAGAGAUCCCUAAACUCUUAGUGUCUGGAGAUACUAUGGAUGUGGUGAAGCAGUCUGCUGCUCUCUGUCUUCUGAGACUAUUCCGUAAGUCUCCCGAAAUCAUUCCUGGAGGAGAAUGGACUUCUAGAAUUAUUCAUCUGCUGAAUGACCCACACAUGGGAGUGGUAACUGCUGCAACAUCACUCAUAGAUGCAUUAGUAAAGAAAAAUCCAGAAGAAUACAAGGGAUGUGUUACACUUGCUGUUGCCAGACUGAGCAGAAUUGUGACUGCUAGCUAUACAGAUCUGCAGGAUUACACUUACUACUUUGUGCCUGCUCCCUGGCUCUCUGUGAAACUUUUGCGUCUGCUACAGAACUAUAAUCCUCCAUCAGAGGAGCCUGGUGUAAGGGGCCGUUUGUCAGAAUGUUUGGAAACAAUUUUCAAUAAAGCUCAAGAACCGCCCAAAUCUAAGAAAGUACAACAUUCAAAUGCUAAAAAUGCUGUCCUGUUCGAGGCUAUAAGUCUCAUUAUUCACAAUGACAGUGAGCCUAAUUUAUUAGUGCGUGCAUGUAAUCAACUGGGCCAGUUUUUGAGUAACAGGGAAACUAACUUGAGAUACUUGGCUCUUGAGUCUAUGUGUCAUCUUGCUAACUCUGAAUUUUCACAUGAAGCUGUUAAAAAGCAUCAAGAAGUUGUGAUUCUUUCUAUGAAAAUGGAAAAAGAUGUAUCAGUGAGGCAGCAAGCAGUUGACUUAUUAUAUGCUAUGUGUGAUAAAACAAAUGCAGAAGAGAUUGUUCAAGAAAUGUUGGCCUACCUGGAAACUGCAGAUUACUCUAUAAGAGAAGAAAUGGUGUUGAAAGUGGCUAUUUUGGCUGAGAAAUAUGCUACUGAUUUUACCUGGUAUGUUGAUGUUAUUCUUAAUCUCAUAAGAAUUGCAGGAGACUAUGUUUCAGAGGAAGUAUGGUAUAGAGUCAUCCAAAUUGUUAUCAACAGAGAAGAAGUUCAAGGCUAUGCAGCUAAAACAGUUUUUGAGGCCCUUCAAGCACCUACCUGUCAUGAGAAUAUGGUAAAAGUGGGUGGAUACAUACUUGGAGAGUUUGGUAAUCUCAUUGCAGGAGAUACUAGAUCUUCACCCCAGGUUCAAUUCGAGCUGCUCCAUUCCAAGUAUCAUUUAUGCUCUGCUGCUACCAGAGCUCUUCUUCUUUCCACUUACAUUAAGCUUGUGAAUCUAUUUCCUGAAAUAAAAAAUCGUGUUCAAGAAGUAUUCCGUGCUGACUCAAACCUGCGCUCUGCUGAUGUAGAACUGCAACAGAGAGCUUCUGAGUAUUUACAACUAAGCAUUGUAGCCAGUUCUGAUGUUCUGGCAACUGUUCUGGAAGAAAUGCCAGCAUUCCCAGAAAGGGAAUCAUCUAUCCUUGCUGUGUUGAAAAAGAAGAAGCCUGGGCGAAUACCUGAUGAUAUCAGAGAAUCAAAGAGCCCACAACCUACUGCAUCUACAACUGCUGCUACAUCUCACACUGUAAAUAAUACCAAUAGUUCCAGUGCAGACUUACUAGGUUUGGCAACACCUCCAGGCAAUGCUGUCCCUCCAACUGGUAACGGAUUGCUUGAUGUUCUGGGAGAUUUAUACACGACUCCAAAAAUAAGUCCAAACACUGUGCAGCAAAAUAACGCUAAGAAAUUCGUGUUUAAAAAUAAUGGAGUUCUUUUUGAGAAUGAAUUGAUCCAAAUUGGUGUUAAGAGUGAGUAUAGGCAAAAUUUGGGACGAAUUGGGUUAUUCUAUGGCAAUAAGACACAAUUUCCAAUCCAAACUGUCCGUCCUGAAUUACAUUGGACAGAUCUGCAUAAACUUAAUGUGCAGAUGAAACCAAUGGAGCCAGUUUUAGAAGCUGGUGCUCAGAUUCAGCAAAUGUUGACUGCUGAAUGCAUUGAAGAUUUUGCAGAUGCUCCAAGUAUGUCAGUCUCUUUUGUUUAUAACAAUGUACCUCAGAAAAUAACUAUGAAGCUUCCUCUUACACUGAAUAAAUUCUUUGAACCCACGGAAAUGAACGCAGAAUCUUUCUUUGCGAGAUGGAAGAACUUAGGUGGAGAGCAACAAAGGGCACAAAAAAUAUUUAAGGCUCAGGGCGCUAUUGAUUUGUCAGCAACGCGCACGAAGCUUGCCGGCUUUGGUAUGCAGCUAUUAGAUGGUAUUGACCCGAACCCUGACAACUUUGUAUGUGCUGGUAUUGUACACACAAGAGUCCAACAAGUAGGAUGUCUCAUGAGACUGGAACCCAACAAACAAGCUCAAAUGUUUAGACUUACAGUAAGGUCUAGCAAAGAAACUGUCUCACAAGAAAUUUGCAAUCUGCUGGCAGAUCAGUUUUAAUAUGUAAGAAAUUGACCACUUAACAUGAACAACACGAUAAGACAUAUACCUAGAAGUUCACAGUUACAGAAUAUAGAAUUGCUAUAAUGGCCUGUUAGUAGUUUUUGAUUCUAUCACUUGUGAACUUUGCACUAAUUCGGGAUGGAAUGAAAAUGUUAUCCUGUGUACAUUUUUGAAUUAUUUUGUUGCUAAAUAGAAUAGGACAUUAUUAAUAUAUUUUAGUUCAAAAUAUUCAUACAUUGGGCAGUCAAAAGACUCUAAAACUCAAGUUUAAGUUUGUUCAAGUGGAUUUUGUAUAAAGUAUAUAAGAGAUCUGCUAUCGCCCAUUUUGUAAAUCAUAAUCACUUCCAUCAAGAGUUAAUUUUAACUGAAUGCUUAUAUAUUUAUUUAUCUACUAUGUUUUGUAUAUAUUUUUUAUAUUUUGUAAAUUAAAAUCCCAAAGUUUCAGUUAAUUUGAAAGUAUAUUUUCUUUAUCACGUUUUUGUAAGAUAUUUAAAAUGUGGAAUUAAAUAUACCAAAAUAUGGCUUUAUUUGUAUGUAUAUAGGUUUAUUUGAAAACUUUGGAAUCAUAUCUUCACAAAACUUUCAAUUUUUAGAAGUGUUGAAGCAGUCUUCUUUUUCUAUUGCUAAAAUGUAUAGAAUAUGAUCAUACCAAAGCAAAUCAUUUGGCUGUUGAAUGUCACCCUUUACAUAUGAAAUAAUUCAAUUGGAAUAACUAGUUUAAAAAGCGCAAAAGUUAAAAUUAAGUACUGUAAGGGUAAUUGGACAAUUUAGCGUGCCAGUGGGCUUAGUCAUUUGAGGAUAUCAUUGGGCGUUAUCUGUUUGCAACUAAACAGACUUUUAUACAGUAAUGUUUGAACAAAAGCAUGAGAUAUAUAUUAUUUUUCGUAAUCCCGUCUUGCAUAAAUCAGUGAAUGAAGCAUUGGCGCUGUUAACAUACUAUUAAGUUUUCUGUAAUGUUCCUGUUAAUAAUUAAAUUAUUGUAAUUGAUUCGAUUAUUAUUUAACCAAUGAGAGAUGGAACUAGGAAAUUAUCAUUUACGACUCUCAGAUGAAGUAAUUAUUUUAUGAACUGAAUGUAGUCUCGUAUUUCGCAGACAUUCCUGUGUAAGUAUCAAACUUAUUUUUGUAAACUUUAAUUAUGUGAAACCGAAAUUAUGAAGAAUGUAUUGUCCACAGCCAUGUAUGAGAUAUAUUAGUAAUAAUAAUUUAUCCCAGUCUAAUGAUUUUGGUAUUGGAAAGUAGCUUGUAAAAGUUGAUUUGGAGGGAAGGAGACCUUGUGUAACUAGUUAUCUUCAUUGAAUGUACUCAUGUAUGUUAUAGAGAUUAAUUAAUCAAAAACAAUAAUACUUUGAUGUGUGCUCUUGAGUUUAUAGGAAUCUCACACACUAGACGAUUUAUUUUCAUAAUCUAUUAUGAAAUUAUUUAGAACAUAGAUCUAGGCAAAUUAGUAUUAUGGUACUGGACAUAAAAUGU